AUGGCGGGCUUAGUAGACUUUAGCCAACCAAGCUUGUGGUUAUCCGCAGCUUCAAUUGGGUUCAAUCCCACCUUCUGGAACAUCGCUGCUCGACAAGAAUACCACAACAAAGUCAUAACCAAGCUCUUCCGCGGCAACUCCCUCUACGGCUGCUACGCGCUCGCCGUCACAAUCUUCACCCUCGGCAUCAUCCGCGAUGCCAUCUACGAACGCGCCCUCCGCCACCAACCCACGCACCCCGCCCUCCUCGCCCCCUGGAUAACCGCCGCCUCGAUCGGCCUGAUCGCAUCCGGCAACAUCCUCGUGCUAACCUCCAUGUACGCCCUCGGCAUCACGGGCACCUACCUGGGGGACUACUUCGGGAUCCUGAUGGACGAGAUGGUGACGGGCUUCCCGUUCAACGUUACUAGCUCGCCCAUGUACGACGGCUCCGCGCUCUCGUUCCUGGGCACUGCGCUCUGGUUCGGGAAGCCCGCGGGGAUACUGUUGACGGGGUUGGUGUGGGCGGCUUAUAGGGUUGCGUUGAGGUUUGAGGAUCCGUUCACUGCGGAGAUAUAUAGGAAACGGGAGAGGGAGAGGGGAAAGAAGACGUCGUAG